GACUGACUCAGUGUGAAUCGUCGCUAGCUGGCGAUCGGUCGUUUUUUCGGGUCGGAAUUUUUGCUUGUCUUCCAGCAACUGGAGAGACAAAGAAAAUACUGUGAAAUAAUAUCAAUCAAUACUGUUCGGGAUCAAAAGUUUGUGCAUUGAUUUAAUUUAAUAAUAUAUGUUUGUUAUUCCUGCAACAUGUUGAGGAUCUUUCUAUGCGGAAUUCUUUUGCAAUACGCCCUGCUGAUAAAUGCCACUGGUCUCUAUUCGGUGGUGGGGCCUGGUACCCUCCGGUCAAACUCCAAGUACAAUGUGGCCGUUUCUGUCCACAAGGCAGAUGGUCCGAGCCAGAUAAAAGUCAGUCUAAAUGGACCCUCCUACAACGAGACGAAGCAAAUCGAACUGCUGCCCAUGUCCACCCAGAAUGUGGAGUUCGAGGUGCCCAAAUUGGCCAGCGGCAAUUACAAUCUUACUGCCGAAGGUCUAUCCGGUGUUGUGUUUAAGAAUUCUACCAAAUUGAACUAUGCGGAUAACAAGCCAUCGGUCUUUCUGCAAACUGACAAGGCCACCUACAAGCCAGCCGAUCUGGUGCAAUUCCGUAUUCUCUUUCUGGAUGAGAACACGCGACCUGCGAGGAUUGAAAAGCCUGUAUCUGUCAUAAUCACAGAUGGAGCACAAAAUAGAAUUAAACAGCUAAGCGACGUCAAGUUGACGAAGGGCGUUUACUCUGGUGAACUUCAGUUGUCCGAACAGCCUGUUCUGGGCAACUGGCAGAUCUCCGUCAGCGUGAAUGGUGAAAAUACGGAGACAAAGUCCUUUAUGGUUGACAAAUAUGUCCUGCCGAAGUUCGAGGUCAUCGUGGACACACCCAAGGAUGUGGUAAUUGCAGACAAGGUGAUCAAGGCCACGAUCCGGGCCAAGUAUACCUACGGAAAGCCAGUCAAGGGCAAGGCCACAGUUUCCAUGGAACAAAACAAUGGAUACUACUACUUUAUGGACCAUGAGACGGACGGCAACAAACAGGAGAAAACCAUUGACGUCGAUGGAAAGGGUCAUGUGGAGUUUGACAUUAAUAGAAUUGCCCAUAGAGUAGCAUACUUACCACCCAUUAAACUCUUCGCCGUCGUCACUGAGGAACUGACUGGUAUUAAGCAGAAUGCCACUGCCACAGUUACCCUUCACCAACAGCGAUACAAGAUGGAGGCUUUUGAAAGCCCUGGCAACUUUGAGAGCGGGAAGUCGUUCAUCUAUCAGGUGGUGGUGAAGAAUGUGGAUGGCUCCCCAGUCACGAGCUCUACGAAAAACGUCACAAUUGGCUUUGACAAUUCAUAUACCUUUUAUAAUGAGCCAACUCCUGCACGUAUUAACUUUGAGGCACCAGUGAAUAAGAGUGGCAUUGCCACCUUUAAUGUUACGCUGCCCGAAAGCGAAAACAGAUUUUAUCAUAUAUUUGCAUCAUUUGAUGGGUCACAGAACAGCAUCGGUACCAUUUCAAGCUUUAAACCAAGCAGAGUGAGCGGGGAGCCACUUAAGAUUCAGGUGAACACAAAAAAACCUAAGCUAGGCGAACGAGUUUCCUUUGACGUCGCCUCGAUUGAAGAGCUGCCCUAUUUUGUAUACACCAUUGUGGCCAGAGGUAAUAUUAUACUCACGGAUUACGUGGAUGUGCCAAAGGGCCGAAAAACAUACACGGUUAAGUUCACACCAACAUUUAGCAUGGUGCCCGAGGCAACGAUCUAUGUACAUUAUAUUUUGAACAACGACCUACACUUCGAGGAGAAAACUAUUAGCUUCGAGAAGGAGUUUAGCAACUCGAUUGAUAUUUCGGCUCCGACGAAUGCUAAGCCCAGUGAAGAGGUCGAGCUACGGAUUCAAACCGAUGCCGAUUCCUUUGUGGGUCUUCUGGGAGUGGAUCAGAGUGUUCUGCUGCUCAAGUCGGGCAAUGAUCUAAACCAGGAUGAUAUAUUCAACAGCCUCAAAAAAUACGACACAUCAACACCUAGGAUACAGGGCUAUGGACGUUAUCCUGGACAGACAUCCGGAGUGGUGACGCUUACGAACGCCAACUAUCCCUACAGCUCUGGUCGCCACUUUAAUGGAAUCCCACACCGGCCACCAUAUCAGUAUUAUCGAAUCGGCACAAGAUUUAGUGGUCAACGUGUCCCUACAACUGUGAGAUAUUUUGCUCAGAGUCUCAAAAAUAUACCACCAAAUGUAAUCGCUCCAAGACCAACAGCCCAACAAACGACAAUUCGUAAAGAGUUUCCAGAAACGUGGUUUUUUGAAAAUGUGGGUGAAGAUGGCCUUACCCUGACCAAAAAGAUACCGGACACGGUCACCUCAUGGGUGGUUACGGGUUUCUCCCUUAACCCAACCUCCGGAAUCGCUUUAACCAAGAGCCCAAGCAAGAUUCGAGUAUUCCAGCCCUUCUUCGUGUCCACCAACCUGCCGUAUUCCGUAAAGCGAGGCGAGGUAAUUGCUAUUCCCGUGGUCAUUUUCAACUACCUGGAUAAGAACCUGGAUGCAGAUGUGGUUAUGGACAAUUCCGAUCAGGAGUACGAAUUCACCGAGGCCACCAACGAGGUGUUGGAGAAGGCCAUCGACGAGGUGCGCCGGGUCAAAAGGGUUACGAUACCGGCCAAUAGUGGCAAGAGUGUUUCAUUUAUGAUCCGACCAAAGAACGUGGGAUUCACAACCCUGAAAAUCACAGCCACCUCCGCCCUGGCCGGUGAUACUAUUCAUCAGAAGUUAAAGGUUGAGCCGGAGGGCGUAACCCAGUUCGAGAACCGGGCUGUCUUUAUCAACCUCAAGGAUCAGCCGGAGGUGUCUCAGUCCCUGGAAGCCGAAAUUCCCAGCGAGGUCGUGCCUCAGUCCGAAUUCAUAGAGUUCUCUGUGGUUGGUGAUCUUCUGGGACCCACGCUCCAGAAUCUCGACAAUCUGGUGCGUAUGCCGUACGGCUGCGGAGAGCAGAACAUGGUAAACUUUGUGCCCAACAUCCUGGUCCUGAAAUAUCUGGAGGUUACUGGUCGAAAGCUUCCGUCCGUGGAGUCCAAGGCUAGGAAGUUCCUGGAGAUUGGCUACCAGAGGGAACUGACCUACAAGCACGACGAUGGCUCCUAUAGUGCAUUUGGAAAAUCGGACGCUUCGGGCAGCACCUGGCUCACCGCCUAUGUGAUGCGUUCCUUCCAUCAAGCAGGAACCUACACGGAUAUCGAUCCUAAGGUUAUCACUGCUGGACUUGACUUCCUCGUAUCGAAGCAGAAGGAGAGUGGCGAGUUCCCGGAGGUCGGCAAACUCUUUGACAACGCGAAUCAAAACCCAUUGAGUCUAACCUCGUUCGUCCUGCUGGCUUUCUUCGAGAAUCAUGAACUCAUCACGAAGUACCAAAGUGCCAUUGAGAAGGCAGUGCGCUAUGUGGCCGAGGAGGCCGACAAGACGGACGACCAGUAUUCCUUGGCCAUAUCCGCCGUGGCCCUCCAACUGGCGAAGCAUCCGGAUGCGGAAAAGGUCAUUGCUAAGCUGGAGAGCGUGUCGCGAAAUGAAAAUGGUCAAAUGUGGUGGUCCAAGGCCCCGGAAUCGACUGGUGAGAAUGGAAGGAUUUUCCACUGGAAACCUCGCAGUAACGACGUCGAGAUCACUUCCUACGUUCUGCUUGCGCUUCUUGAAAAGGAUACGGCUGAGAAGGCCUUGCCCAUCAUCAAGUGGCUAAUAUCGCAGCGAAACAGCAACGGAGGAUUCUCCUCCACUCAGGACACCGUGAUUGGUCUGCAGGCGCUCACGAAAUUCGCCUACAAGACGGGCUCUGGCUCCGGCACCAUGGACAUUGAGUUCGCAUCUGCGGCUGAAUCCAACAAUACAAUCAAGGUGAACCCAGAGAACUCAUUGGUGCUGCAGACCCAUGUUCUGUCCAAGACCACUCGCAAGGUCGACUUUACAGCCAAGGGUAAUGGCUCGGCCAUGGUUCAGCUCUCCUAUCGCUACAACCUGGCGGAGAAGGAGAAGAAGCCCAGUUUCAAGGUAACUCCCACGGUCAAGGACACGCCCAGUCAGCUGCUGGUGGUGGACAUCUGUGCCGAGUACGUGCCCUUGGAAGACGCCGACAAGGACAAGGACUCCAACAUGGCGGUAAUGGAAAUCGCCCUGCCUUCAGGAUUCGUUGGCGACGCCGACAGCUUGGACAGAAUCCAGGCUGUGGAUCGGGUGAAGCGCGUGGAGACCAAGAACUCCGACUCCACGGUGGUCGUCUACUUUGACAGCCUAACUCCCGGGGACGUUCGCUGCCUGCCGGUGGAGGCCUCCAAGGCUCACGCGGUGGCCAAGCAGAAGCCCGCCUCCGUUUCCCUAUACGACUACUAUGACACGGACCGCAAGGCCACCGAGUACUACCAGGUGCAGUCUUCCCUGUGCGACAUCUGCGAGGGCGCCGACUGCGGAGAGGGCUGCAAGAAGGCCUAAGUUCGAAGUGGAACCAAUUUAUUUCCCUUUAGAAAGAUUAAAUAAAAAACACAUUUUAAUAAAAUUCUUUAUGACCACA